GUUACUUGGUUAAAAAGCAACCAAUCGUAGUAACGCAUUACAAGUAAUCCAGAUUACGUCGUUACGUAAUCAGGCCAUUGCAGUGCGCUUUGUCUGGGGUGUAUUCAUUACGUCUUGCAACGGAAACUGUUUACAGUUUAAAAGAACCAAACAGCACCAGAUUAGACUACAUCGGGUGCAAACGGAACAAACAGGGGGGACCUACYUGAAUUUGUCAAAUAGAAAGUCUCGUUUUCGUUAAUAAAAACUUCCGUUUGGAGUAAACUGUUUCUGUUUUAACAAACGAAACGUUUUGCAACAGAAUUGCCGAAAUGAAUACACCCCUGUUUGACCGCUUGCAGUCUCGCACUAAAUACGACACAUUGCGCGGAUAAUUUCUUAAAAAUGGAUGCCGGUGCUCUUGCCACAUCUUUCCAUGUCUGGCAAUAUAGACAACAUUUCAUUUUCAAGGAAUUAAGAGAAAAAAAUAUGACCGUCCAGUGUGUUCUAUGCAAACCCAAAAUCCGCAUGUUGUCUACCUCCAAGAACUCGACAUCAAAUCUGAAGAAACAUUUGGAGAGAAAGCAUGCAAUCAUGUAUCUGAAGUCGCCUAAAGGUGAGAUGGAUGGACCCAAUGGAUCACCCACAGACUCUCCUAAGGAGCCACGCUACAAGAAAUCCAAGCUGGAAAACCUUGUCAAUCAAAUGGCGUCACAGCCAAAAGUGAACACCCUGGUCUUCAACUUUAUGGUGGAAAAUGUCCAGUCGCUGUCUGUCUUGGAACAGCCUGCUUUCAGGAAGUUGAUUGAGGGCUUAAGUGGAGGGAAGAUGUCCAUGACCCGAAAUACUUUUAUCAAUGGAAUUAUGAUGGCAUACUCCAAAAUGAAGGAGGAGCUAAAGGAAAAGCUGAACAGUGUACAAUCUGUGUGCACUACAGCUGAUAUCUGGUCAGCUCACAACAGAAGCUACAUUGGGAUGACAUGUCAUUGGAUUGAGAAGAAUGAGCUGGAGAGGAAGUCUGCUGCACUUGCCUGUGCCAGAAUACGGGGCUCGCACACAUUUGAAACAAUUGCAGCCAAAAUACACGAGAUUCAUUUGGCUUACAAUAUUGAAAACAAACUUCAGGCUACAGUCACUGAUAAUGGCAGCAACUUCGUCAAAGUCUUCAAAGAGUUUUCAAAGGGGGACAAUGACAACUAUGAAGAUGACAUUGUUGAAUUUCAGGACGUGGGCACCAUACUUGACGGAGCAGAUGAGGCCAUGCACCUCUUUCUGCUGCCGCACCAGAGAUGUGCAUCGCACGCAUUGAAUCUGAUUGCCUCCCACGAUCUAGCGCAAGUUCUAUCACAACAGGGAGAAACUGCCCAAGUGUACUGCAGCGCAAUGGCCAAAUGUUUUGCCAUAUGGAACAGCAUCCACCAAUCCCCAUUGGCUAUAGCAGCAGUGGAGGACAUAGAGAAAAUGAAAUUGACCGCUCCUUCUGUGAGUCGCUGGAUUUCUGAAUACUCUGCAGUGGAAAAGAUGGUCUCUCUCCCUGAAACAAAACUAAUGGAUGUUUGUGACAGCUUUGGGGUCCCAAGACUGCUAUCUUAUGAGAUAGCAUUUUUAAAAGAAUACAUAAAUGUCUUCAAGCCACUUGCUUUUGCACUGGAACUCUUCCAAGGAGAGCAAAAAUGUUUUCUUGGACUGGUCAUACCUACGGUACUCACAUUGAAGAAAAAGCUAUGUGAGAAGAAAACUCUUGCACUUUAUCUCUUGGACGUCAUCAACCCUGUUCUAGACGCGAUAGAUUCCCGUUUCAAACAGCUCUUUGCCAGUCURGAUGCAAAAAUGGCGACAGCAACUACACCACAAUUCCGUUUGUGGUGGCUACCAGAAGCUGAGAGGGAAGACAUGCAUUUGAUGCUGGUGGCUGAGGCAACCCGUUUGGAGCUGACUGAUGGUGCGCCAAUCAGCAGCGACAGCGUGCAGUCAGAAGACGAAUUCUUUAGUUUCGGACCUGGGACUGGCAACAGUGACACAGAAGAGGAAGUCCGGAGGUACCUCGAGGGAACCAGCAAAAAUCUCAGUUGCCUGAAAUACUUCCAGAGAGUGAGAAAGCUGUUCCUCAAAUUCAAUGCCAUCCUACCCUCAAGUGCUCUUGUGGAGCGCCUCUUCAGUCAUAACGGGAACAUUCUCACCCCUAAAAGGAAUGGUUUGACUGAUGAUCAGUUUGAGCAAGUUCUCCUUUUGCGGUACAACAGCAAAAUAUGCACUCUGGACAAAAUAUUCCCUGGGUAAAAAUGUAAAGGGAUUUUUUCACAGAUCAUGUAUCAGGCAAAAGAGGGUGGUGGGAGGAGCUAUAGGAGGGCGGGCUCAUUGUAAUGGCUUGAAUGGAUUUAAUGGAACCGUAUCAAACACAUCAAACAUGAGCAAACCACGUUUGACUCCGUUCCAUUUAUUUAAUUCCAGCCAUUACAAAAUCACUCAGUUUAUAAAUAUAUUAUACCACGGGUAUGACAAAAGAUUACUUUUUACUCUUCUAGUUACGUUGGUCACCAGUUUAUAAUAGCAACAAAGCACCUCGGGGAUUUGUGGUAUAUGGCUGUAUCCAGGCACUCUGUGUUGCGUCAUGCUUGAAAACAGCCCUUAGCUGUGGUAUAUUGGCCAUAUACUACACCCCCUCGGGCGUUGCUUAAAUAUAUACUUAUUCAAAAUAUUGAGUUAUGUACUAGUUAAAUGCAAAUGUCUACUUUUCUAUUUUUUUAUUUAAAAAAAUUACACAAUGCUGCUAGCCUACUUUUUACACGUGAUUACAUAGAAAAUGAGUCUAACGUAAAUAAAAUGGAACAGGUUAAAAUAAUUCUAAAUAUGCUUCUUUGUGAUUUUAUUAAACAUGAGGUUCAAGUUUUUAUUUUAAAAGAAGUCAAGUAAUGUGUAUCCAGUAACGGAUUUUGUGUUUUCCUACUGUACAGUACAUGACAUUGGAGACCUCCAAAACAGAGGAACAGGCUCACACUCACAGUUCACCCACACAAUCACCUCUAGGCGGCAAUGUUGAGUUGUUAAAUCUAGUUUGUGUGUGUGUGUGAUUAUAUUUACUCUGUUGUCCACCUAUCUUUAAAUAAAGGUAAAAUAUAUAUGUUUAUCAUGGAUACAGUAUGUUUUAAUAACAUUGUAUCCUCUUCAUCUCUAUAAGGUGCCUCACUGGCAGCAUAGGAGUAAAUGACCCCUCACAAUUACCUUUCAAAUGCCAUGUUGUCCAGUAACUGCCUCCUGAGGAGAUGAUGUCCGUUACCAGAAAGACUCAGGCCUUCAUCUCACUUUAGCCCAAUUAGAAGAGUUUGUGUAUGGCGCUCUCUUWUUUUAACUUUACACUGGGUAUUGUCUUGUGUGUUUAUUUUUGGGGUACACACAAACUGAACUGGCACACUACCUACUAAAAGAGGCCUCCUACUUUAAACUAGGCAAGUCAGUUAAGGACAAAUUAUUAUUUUACAAUGACGG